AUGACAUAUCGAGCAAUGGAAUUACUAGCACUCCCAGCCGACCAGUCAUGCUACUUACUCGAUAUUGGAUGUGGUUCGGGCUUGUCGGGAGAAUGUCUGGAAGAAGAUGGUCAUAUAUGGGUGGGAAUGGAUAUUAGCGAUUCCAUGCUGGAUGUAGCCAAGGAGAGAGAUACAGAGGGGGAUUUGUUCUUGGCGGACAUUGGAGAUGGGGUUAGUUUUAGACCGGGUGCUUUUGAUGGUGCGAUCAGUAUAUCAGUCCUACAAUGGCUCUGCAACGCCGACAAGUCCUCCCACAACCCCAAAAACCGUCUCGCCCGCUUCUUCUCAACCCUCUACACAUCCCUCGCACGCGGCGCCCGUGCAAUCUUCCAAUUCUACCCUGAAUCGCCCUCCCAAAUAGACAUGAUCCUGACAGCUGCUACGCGGUGUGGAUUUACAGGUGGUCUGGUAGUCGACUACCCAAACUCGACCCGUGCAAAGAAAUACUUUUUAUGUCUGCUGGCGGGGUAUCGUGGCAUGGAACAUACUGCUCCUGAGCUACCGAAGGGGUUAGAUGGUGACGAACCGACUGAAGCCGUUUUUGAGAGCAAGAGGAUUAUGGAACGGCAGAGGAGACAUGGUGGUGGGAAGGGGAAGAAGAGGGUUGGUGUUAAGGAUAAGGCGUGGAUUUUGAAAAAGAAGGAGACUAUGAGGAAUAAAGGGCUUGCUACUGCUCUUGAUUCCAAGUAUACGGGGCGUAAACGUCGGCCUCAAUUCUGA